AUGAAGUAUCCGCUAGUUCCUUUAAUUAAUGACCUAACAUUUCCUUUUCUCUUUUUCUGGUUUUGUUUGCCAUUUGGGAUACUAUUGAUCUUAUUGGUUUUUUGGUUUCAACAUCUACUUAAUGAAGCUGAAGUUCCCAUUACAAAAGAAAUAAAGAUGCCACCCUGUGAUGAUCCUGAUGGGAAUACUGACCUCAAGUCUGAACAUGAACCCAGUGGAAAUAACAGCCGAAGCAACAAGUCCAGAAAAGUAAAAUUUGAUAUGAAGAUGGCUCCGGUUGUAGAAAAACUGGGCCCAAAGCCUGUCCACUUAAGUUCAAAAGAAACAGUCCAUGGAAAAAGCCUGUCUGCUCUUAUUUUAGACCAAUUGGACCAAUGCGUCAAACAGUAUUGUUUUGAGAAGAAUUCUAUGUAUAAUACAACCGUGCUUCUGGGCACUCUGCUGGUGUCUCUCUUCUUUAGUCUUCCUCACCAGUUCCUUGAGAUUUCCAGCGUUCUGUGGAUGCAGCCUCCUUCAUCACUGGUUGCUCGUAUAUUUCAGCUUUUUAUCUGGCUAAAUGAAAAGCCUGUGGAAAUCAUGGUUUCCUUGAAAGAAGAAAUUGGUAGUUAUGCUUCACAAAUAGCAGAUGUGAUAAGCCUAGAUCUGGAAUGUGCCACUUCAGAUUGGUUACCUGAAGGAAUAUUGUUAUACAAAAAACAUUCUUACAAGCAAGCGGCUAAUAUGUCAGUAUUAGAGAUGGAACUUGGGAUGUGUCUUUCUGAUACACUUGUUCUCUAUACAAGAAAUUGUUUUGCUUGGAUGACCAUGCAACUUGCAGUGUUUCAAGGAAGCGUUUCCCCAACAGAAAUUGCUAUAUUUCAGUCUCAGUCUGGGCAGCCUUCAUCUCCUGCGGCCGCUUUUGGUUCUCGAAACAGCGCAAAGUCGCAGAUGUACACAAUCACACGCCGCCACGGGCACAACGAGACUAUCCUUCCCUUCGCUUCGCGCGCCUCCCUGCCCUCAGCCGAGGACUCCGCCCCUCUCGGCCCUUAA